GUUGCCAACACAAAGUCGUUUACGUCACGCAGAAGGUCCUGCGUGUUUGGUGCAGUAGAUUUGCUGUUACUGUCACGCCGCAAAACACGCCAAAAUGCCGCCCAAGAAGAAGAAGGGAAAGAAGAAGUCGGGCAAGAAGAAGUCCGCCAAGGCCAAGACCCCAACCGUUGUAGAUGGGAUCUCUACAGAGGAGAUGACCAAAGAACAGCUUGAGGAACACAUAGUGAGAUUACGAGAGGAGUUAGACCGAGAACGUGAGGAGAGAAACUACUUCCAGCUGGAGCGAGACAAAGUCAACACCUUCUGGGAGAUCACCAAGAGACAGUUUGAGGAGAAUAAGGCAGAGCUGAGGAACAAGGACAGGGAGAUGGAGGAUGCAGAGGAGAGACAUCAAGUGGAGAUCAAGGUUUACAAACAGAAGGUGAAGCAUCUCCUGUACGAACACCAGAACAACAUCUCCGAGCUGAAGGCAGAGAGCGCCGUGGCACUGAAGCUGGCUCAGGAUGAUCACCGUGGCAACGAGGGAGAUCUGCGCUCGGAAAAACGGUCUCUGAAGGUGGAGCUAAAGGAACAGGAGCUUGCACAUGAAGACAUCAUCAAGAACCUGAAAAUUAAACAUGACGAGGCCAUCACAGAACUAAGGCAAGAUUUCGAGCGGGAGGCUCGGGAGAUCGAGGCCAAGUAUGAGAAGAAGAUGCGGAUGUUACGAGAGGAGCUGGAACUCAGGAGAAAAACAGAGAUUCACGAGAUUGAGGAGAGGAAGAACGGACAAAUCAACACGCUCAUGAAGAACCAUGAGAAGGCCUUCAGUGAUAUCAAGAACUACUACAACGAUAUCACCCUCAACAACUUGGCUCUCAUUAACUCACUCAAGGAGCAAGUUGAGGAGAUGAAGAAGAAGGAAGAGCGAAUGGAGAAACAGAUGAAUGAAAUCAUGGCAGAGAACAAGCGACUCACAGAGCCCCUGCAGAGAGCACGGGAUGAAGUGGAAGACCUGCGCAAACAACUGGCCAACUAUGACAAAGACAAGGCUUCACUUGCAAGUGCCAAGGCCAGACUGAGAGUCAUGGAUGAAGAGAUGAAGGCACUAGAAUGGGAACAUGAAGUGCUGAAGCAAAGAUUUGCAAAGGUUGAGGGAGAGCGGGAUGAGCUGUAUGGGAAGUUUGUGAAGGCCAUCCACGAGGUUCAGCAGAAGUCCAACUUCAAGAACCUGCUGUUGGAGAAGAAGCUGGGUGCCCUGGCUGACACCCUGGAGAAGAAGGAGGCACAGCUGAACGAGGUUCUGUCUGCGUCCAACCUGGACCCCACUGCUCUGACCGUAGUGACCAGGAAACUGGAGGACGUUCUGGACUCCAAGAACAGCGCCAUCAAGGAUCUGCAGUACGAGUUGGCACGCGUCUGCAAGGCUCACAAUGAUCUGUUGCGAACAUAUGAGGCCAAGCUACGAGCGUUCGGAGUCCCAACAGAAGAGCUUGGGUUCAAACCACUGGAGAGUACAGUAGGGGGGCAAGCCUUGGGACAGGGGCCGGCUGGGCUGGUCGCUGCACCCACAUGAUUCAGGGCUGAACCAUUGUAUUCUAGUGUGGGUUGGGAAUUGCAAAACAUUUCAUUUGUGGAUAAAGGAUUCUAAGUAUAAAACCAAUAUGAGCAAUUGUUUUGAAUUAGAAACGUUAAAAUGUUUAAAAACAUGUCCUCUUUUAUCACACACUAAUGACAUGCAGCAGUUUAUUCUCUCCAAUCUAGAUGAAGUAUGGACCAUAGUAUUGAAAAGUUCCCUCUGCUGUUGGAUAUGUACAUUUUAAGUAGGAAUGAGGAUUUUAUAGAAUCCAGCAUCAGAAAUGUAUAUCAGUCAAGGAUAAAAAAAUUGUCCUCUCUUACAA